AUGGCUUCACCCGAGUCUCGUCGCAAGACAGCGGCUGUUGAUCACCAAAUCCUCUUUGACAGCGUCGAGAAUGGCGGAGUCUUCGACAGUGUGGGGGCGUCCCGGCUGGAGCUUGUCUUCGAAGUUGGUGUCUCCUUUUGCAAAGCGGGCAAACCAGCGUUGGAUAGUCCUGAUGGUAUUCUGCUGUUGAUGUCGCGGGCUACUGCCGUUGCUCCAAUGCCGCCACGUCAUUCAUAG